AUGGCUCAAAAAUUAAAAGUAUUGUUUAUACCAUUAGAUGGUAUCGGUCAUAUAAAUUCAGCCAUAGGUAUGGCACAGGUAUUGAUUAAAGCGGGCCAUGAAUGCUGGUUUGGUGUCGAAAUUCAAUGGACUAAUAUGUUAGCAAACUAUGGCAUACAAACAUGUUUGUGGCCAUCGUUACCGAUAUAUAAAGAUAAUACCAGCAAAAGUUUGUCUGAAAAUUCAAAGGAAAAAUCAGUUUUUUUAAUGAAAGUGUUAGGCAUUGUUGGUAACCGAUUGACACCCGCAGAAAAAUGUAUGGCUUCAAUCAAACGUAUGAAUCAGUUAACAAUAAUGUUUGGACAGUUAUUUGAUGACAAUGUCUAUCGUGCCAUACAUGAAGUACAGCCCGAUAUUAUAGUAACUGAUCAAAUCAAACCAUUGCCAUCAGUGAUAAAGUCAGGCAUACCAUGGGUUAUGGUAUGCGCUAGUAAUCCGUUGACAAUGUUGAGCGAUCAUCGGACACCACCACCACAUUUGGGUUUGCCAACUAAUGGUCCAAAAGAUAAUUGGCCAAAACUUAUUAGUGAAAUAAUUAACGGAAUUAAUGAAAACAAUUCACAAUUGAAUUAUUAUAAACAGAUGACCAUUGAAUUGCUUUUCUAUGGAGAACUUUAUCCAAAAUCUCAAUUUCUAAAUAUAUAUGACUUUCCAUUGGAAUUGGAUUAUCACGACAUAAGACCACUGCCCGACAAUUGGUAUCGUUUUGAUAACUUUAUGAGAAAAGACAUCAGUAAUGAAUCAUUUAUAAUGCCGGAGCAAUUGAGAGACAAACCGGGAAAAGUUAUUUAUUUUUCGUUUGGAUCUAUAUGUUCAGUAGAUGUCAAUAAUAUGAAGCGAUUGAUUGCUAUAUUAUUGAAGUCGCAAAACGUAUUCAUAGUAUCAAAGGGACCGUUAGGUGAUGAGUACGAUCUGACGGACAAUAUGUGGGGUCAGACAAGUGUACCGCAAACACAAGUCCUGCCAUUAGUUGAUUUGGUUAUAAGUCACGGCGGAAACAAUACUAUUACUGAAUGUUUUUACUUUGGAAAGCCUAUGAUAGUUAUGCCACUGUUUGGCGAUCAGUUCGAUAACGCACAGAGAGUCCAUGAAAAAGGGUUUGGUAUACGACUCGAUGCCUACAAGUGCUCUGAAAAGGAGUUAUUAACAACUAUUGAAACACUUUUAAAUGACAAGGAAUUGAACGAAAAAAUGCAAAAAAUAUCGCAACGAAUUAAAGCUGAAAACAAUUUAACAAAAUUACCGCAACUUUUUGAAAAUGUUGUCAAUAAGUAUAAACAUAAAUAA